CUUUUUAAAUCACGUUCUACAAAAGUAGACGGAUGGCUCCGUCCGUUGAGGGGUCCCACCCUCCGUGACUUUUGACUGUACAGUAACUCAACUACACUCCUUGUGUGUUUUACCUCAUUUCCGAUCUCCCCUUCUAUCCUCACAACCUUCCACCUCUACACACACACUCACUCACCCGGCGCCCGCGAUCGGCCCAAUAUGGAAAUCUCGCGAGUACUAAAUUAUAUGGACGAUACCCCUCAAUGGGUAGGAGGUCGAGGAGGAGAAGGUAGAGGAGGAGAAGACAUGGACACAAAACAACCCAAAUCCCGAUCCUCGCACGAACGACUCAGUCAACCCUCUUCCUCCGAAGAACCAUCCCCCCGACCCAUCUGCCCGACCCCGAACCUCUCCUCGCAUACCCUCAUCCGCAACAAGAAGCCCAUCCCGCGUCAGGCCAGCCGCGGAUAUGCCCCGAAGAGUCGAGCCGCGCUGGCGUGUAACUCGUGUCGACAGGGCAAGUUCAAGUGCACGGGGGAGAAGAACCAAUGUCAGCGGUGUGCCAUGCUGGGCCGGCAGUGUUGGUAUCCCGCCCACAAGCGGGAGCGAAUUCAAAGGGAGAUGGAUCAGUUGGUCACCGAGGCCAAUGAAUAUCGACUGAUGCUGGAACUGCUCCUCUCGCGCGUCAACAAAGAGGAUGCGGAGGAUAUCUCUUCUCUGCUGUUCAAGUAUGAGAAGUGAUGCAUCUCGUACUUUUGAACAACCACCCUUUCAACAAUCACCCUUUCGUAUACUGCAUCGUCUAGGCUCCUCAGCAGCCGGGACCAACUGGGACGAAUAUUACGGCCAGCAAGCCCUCCCUCAAGCCCA